AGCAUGGCGCGGGUUGUGUGUUGGUUCGUCUCCCUGCGCUGUGGGAUCAGGAGGUAACAGCGGUGUCACCGCAGGACUGCAGCCGACAAACAGUGUCACACUGACCGUUGCAAAGAGACGCGUCGGUUUGGUCGAGAAGCCGACUCAAUGGACAACCACCCGGCUCGGAGGGGCGCAGCGCGUCCGCCGAGGAGGGUGUCUGCUGCCGCGGAGGUGGGAGCUAACGCUAGCCUGCAAGAUGGCGAGGUAAUCGAGGUACACCCAGCCAGGGAGGCUCAAUCUGGACCGGAGAGACUGAGCGGUGCUGGCGGGAGGAUGCAGAGGAGGAACUCGGCUCCGCAAGUGCUCCAUCAGAGGCAUAUGCCCAGGGAGCCCCUCAAGUUCCACAUACCGAGGAAAACCAAGGAAAAGAGAGCUCUGGAGCAGUAUGUCUCCACUGAGUCCAGGGAGUAUGAAGACAUGAUGACCAUCCUGACCUCCAGCUACAUGGACACGAGCUCUGCUGGCUGCUUCACCUACUGCAAACCUCGGCUCAUCUACAGUGAACUGCUGGAGAAAGAGUUUGUGGAGAAGAGGAAGGAGAUGAAGGCAGACGGGAGGACAGACAAGGAGCUGGAGGAGAGCUACUGUUUCCUGUUGGCUGAUACUGCAAAGCUGCACUCACUCUGUGAGAAGGGGCUGUUCGUGGGUCAGACCCGGAUCACAGUGCUGGGAAACCCCACUAAAGGAGUGUAUCUGUCCAGGUACUCAGACCUGCUUCAGAGUAACCUCAUAACUCCUGGAUUCACAGGGGAGAUCAUCAUCUUCAAAGUGAUGAAGGGAAAAGUAAAGAGCAUCUAUGAAAACAUGAAGAACCUUUUAGAUCCAACGCCUCGCUUUGACAGCCACAUCUCCAAGAACUCCAGCAAAGUCACAUCGCUCACCUCCUUCCGCGCCUUCGAACUCACGCAGCAAUACUUCUACGAGUAUUCAUUCGACGAGCUGCGGGAGCGGCCUCGCCAGGUUUGCCCGUAUGCUGUUGUCUCCUUCCAGUUUAAAGGAAAAGACUCCUCACUCCCCAGCAAACCUCUGGCCCCCAUCAGGUUGAACAGCCAGUCAGCAGAGGGGAGUAAAGAGCGUGCUCAGUUCACAGUGUGGACCGGAGAUUUGGUGAAAGGUGACCGGGUUCUCUUCCAGAUCUCCCUUCGCUCCUUCUCUCCUCCACUCCUGCCCCACAGACUACCAGAGAAGCUGGAAAUCGGUUGGUUGAUGAGGCUCGACCAGGUGACGAAGCUCCUGCCUGCCGACCUGCUCUCUUACAACCUCUACAGCAGCAGCCAGGAAGUUGUGAAGGACGGCCAUUGCUGCAGUCUUCUGGAGGUGACUGACAGAAAUCGGUCUUCGACCAGCGUGACGAGACUGCUGCAUGAGAUGGAGAUAAAGAGAGUGGUUCUGGUGACUCCGCUUACAGACAGAGGCUUCCUCAUCCUGAUAUCCAGCGUUCAGAUGGCCACACCCACAGAGAGAGGAGAGAGCUGGAAGAGGUGUCUUCAGGCCUUGUUUGUCUUCCCAGAGUCCAAAGAUCUGGCCAAAUCCACAUCAAGGUGUGCUUCCUCAUCCCAUGAUGCCCCAGAGGGGAUGUCUGGUAACAUGGUGAUGCUGAACAAGUUCACGCCAGCAUUGCACCACGCCCUGGUCAAGGCUCGCGCCAACCCUCCUCCUGAGCUGUCUGUCGGUGUGGAGCACCAUGCACGGGAAUACCUCACCGGACUGAAUAGUGGCAAUGUCCGACAGUACCCGAUGGGCGAGUAUGAAUCCAAGCUGGAUGAGGAAGGAAAGCUGUUUCCUGCUCCUAAACACCACCGGUUGAACAUGGACAGCUAUCUGCACUCCUACCUGUACAGCCCCGCCCUCUAUCUGCUGUCAAUGGCCCGGGCCAAGCAGAUGGUGGACGAGCACUCUGGUCCUGAGGACCCACGGCAGGCGAGACUCAGGAAGAACUGUGGAGACCAGAGAGAGGCGACGGGAAAGGAGGCGACCAGCAAAGCUGGAGACGGACAGGCCAACAAUCAAAAGAUGCAGCAGCUGAUUGACCUGGUCUUGACCUGUAAGAGGAAUGCAGAGAAUGAGGUGAGGAGGGAGGAAGGAGGAGGAGGGAUGAAGGUACCAGGGAGGAAAAGGAAACUGGAACAGGAGACGGCAGAGAGGGCACUUAAGUUCCUGAAGGCAUCACAAGAACCCGGAAGACACAGCAAGAUUCCAGCUGGGGGAAGUCAAGUCCCCGCCUCUCCUGGCUCUCUUGCGUCUGUGAUUGGCUCGGUGGGUUUGAAGGACGUUGAUCUGAGGGAAGAUGGAUCUGAAUUAGCUGCUAAGCUUCUGGGUCUGCUAACAGCUCUGACCCAGGCUGCCCGGGGAACAGCCAAUCAGAGCCAAUUUGAAGUGCAGGAGGAGGUGCACAGGGAUAGCUCUCCAUUUGAUAGGUUGGCCACCAAGCUGGGUCUUCCCACCAACGUCGACAUUGACCUGAGGAAGCAGGAGGAGCUGGAGGAGCAGACGGCGGGCAGCGUCAGCAGUUUGGAGGGUUUCAGUCCCAGCUCCCACAGCGGGGAGAUGAAUCACCACGGAGGUAGAGGAGGGGGGCUGGGGAGGAGAGCAUACGAAGAGGAGGAGGAGGAAGAGGGGGAGAUCCCGUGGGUCCUCAUUCCCAUUACAGGUCUGUGUUCACCGAGGUACACCCACAGAGACAGAAACAUCCCUCAGGACCCUCGCUUCCAGCAUCUCACCCCAGCAACAAGCAUCACCACAACAACCAAACCUCCCAGGAAGAGCCCCACCCCGUCUCCUGAGCGAAGCCCUCCUCCCUCCCCCUUCCAGUGCCAAUCCCCUGAGCCCAGCCCUCCUCGCUCCCCCUCCCAGUGCCCAUCACCCGACCCCAGCCCUCCGCCUUCACCCUCCCAGUGCCCGUCUCCAGAGCCCAGUCCGCCCCCCUCCCCAUCUCAGUGCCCGUCCCCUGAGCCCAGCCCUCCUCCCUCUCCCUCCCAAUGCCCGUCUCCACAGCCCAGCCCUCCCCCUUCUCCUUCCCAAUGCCCAUCUCUUCGGGUUGGCGGCCCCCCCUCCUCCUCACGGUGCCAGUCCGAGGAGCCUAACAAGCUCAGACCGUUUAACAAGGAUCACAGUGGUGCUAACAAGGAGCAGUUAACCCGCACAGCCUCCAGGGAGGUUGCAGGAGUGUCCACAGACAGAGAAGAGAAACCUCAGGGGGCAGAAAAGAAGAAAGAAGAGCCGCCAGUUUCUGCAUCCAUUCAGCUGUCUAUACCUCCAGCUGUAGAGAGGAGGACGAGCUCCUCACCACCACCCACUGAGCGAGGGAAGAAAGAUGCGAAGGGGGAAGCGGCUGAUGUGAAGGAGGUACAGGCAGAACCUUUAGAGGAGGAGAGAGAAACUCACUCAGUUGAGAAAGUGCAAAAACAACGGGAAGAGGAGGCCAACAAGGGAAAGAGAGCCGAGGAGGAGGUGGAGGAGGGGGAGUUGGUGGAAAUGAUGCAUGUGGAAUCAAGUGAUAAUGAGAAAAAAGGAGAGCUGAAGGAACUUGGAGGUGGCUCUUUGUUUUCUUUGCCUGUCUCCUUACCUCCCUCUGGUCUCGACAGCAUUGUAGACAAACGUCUGGCAGACUUCUCUUCUAAGAUGGAGCUCCUCUUGCAGGAGGAGAGCAUCCAUUACAGCUUCCCACAGUCCCCCCACUCCACCUCCAACACAGAAACCACUGCACCCAAGCACACACUCCCACAGGCCCUCAUAUCUCAGUUUUCACAGUAUGUGUCUUUCUACAACCCCUGCCCCCCGGUCCAGGACUACGUUAGCUCACUACAGGACCGCAUUAACAGCAUGCUGAUAGAGUUUGAUGACAGCUGUCUGAGCCAUAGGCCCAGCACCAGCCAGCCUGAUGCUGAUGCCACGUUGGCGAGCAAAGUUAGUGAUUUUGUGUCUAGCAUUCGAGCAGCUAAUACUACCAGAGACGAUGAUGGUUCCGGUUGUGAACUUACAGCUGCUGAUGUCGAUGGUUCACUCAGUCAAAACCCUGCACUCUCCAGAGGAGUUGAAGUGUUUCUGCCACAUCCAACCACCAGUCAGAUUUCUGAUACUGCAAACAACAGGAUCCCCGCACCAUCUCAUGUCACUUUAUCUGUUCCUACCUCUGCGUCUGGUUCUGUCUACAACACUUCCGUCCUCAUCCCUCCUUCUACCAGCUCCCCACAGUCGCACUGGGAUCCACUGUCAAGUCACUCUUCAGAGAUAAGUAGAACAGUCGCUCAUGACAUCAGACAAACACAAGACAACAGCAUUACCAGGACUGUACAUUUUACCCCUGGUGUAGAAGGUGGGAGUGUUCUUGGGGGUAAAGACUGUGAGGUGACUUUGUCCGGGUUCGGCGGCGUCUCUAAGCCCUUGAUAGAACUGUCACACUCCUCUGAGUCGGUCUCGAAUCCGGCUCCUGUGUCUGUGCCCGGGUCCGCCACAGGCCCCGCUCCCCCAGCAGCUGCUCUGAGCUCCCUGAUCAGCCAGCUGCAGCCAGAGGUGUUCAACAGCCUGGUGAAAAUCAUCAAAGACGUCAAGAGAAACUCCCUGCAGUUCUACCUCCACAGCACUGAGCCAGGGGACCAGGUCCACGAAGACGUCAAGGAAUACCUGUUGAAGCAGGGUAACUCUGAGCAGAGUCCUGUGGCCUUUCUGAACCAAGAAAACUGUAACAACAAACUGCUGGUCAUCAUUAAGAACAAAGACAUAGCUGGACACAUACACAAGAUCCCUGGUCUGGUGUCUCUGAAGCGACAGGCCUCUGUGGUGUUUUUGGGAAUCGAUACACUGGACGACAUCAGGAACAACAGCUACAACGAGCUUUUUGUCUCUAGAGGCUGCAUCAUUUCAGACGAGUUAGUCCUCAAUCCAGACUUCAUCACUCCCGAUCGACUGGUUGCACUGCUGAUGUUGCUGGAGCAGCAUAGUUCAGUUCCAGAUAGUGUCUGGAGGUGGAAAGUUCACUGCAAAACCCACAAGAAAUUAAAGGAACAAGCCAGGUUCAGGAGAGAUGCAGCCAACCUGCUGGAGGUGCUGUCAACCUAUCAGAAGCGACAGAUUGUCGAGUUCCUCCCAUAUCAUGACUGUGACAUGAACUAUCAGUCACCUGACCUGAACUGUCUGAUGGAGCUCCAGGCCCGAUACACGCAGUACCGGCACACAAUCUUCCUGACCGAGCAUAAUUUUGAGAUGUUCCCUGCCUACUCCAACGGCAUCAUCGUGGCCACUAGUGAAGAAAUUCUGCACAACUUCACCAGGCUGGUUGGUUGCCAUGACAUCAAGGACAGGCAGCCAAUCACAGGUGACAUGCUGGCUCCCAAAGGUCUCGGGCGGCAGCUGAGUCAUAGUGACUCUGUGUCAGGCUCUGAACGCUCUCCUUCUAUCUUCCCAGACCACAUCCAUCCUCUCUCCUCCCAUGACCAGCCCCAACAUCUUCUCCAGCAGUCCGGCUCCAUCCUCCCCACUCUCCCCCAUCUGUCUGACCAGCUCGUCCCAGACGCCUCCUGUAAGGAAGGUGUCAUGCCCCACUCAGACUCAGACUUGGAGGUUCUCCGACUGGCCAUCACACAGUUACGGGCUGAGCGUCAGGCACAGCUGCAGCAGCAGUUGGACUCUCAGGCGGAGUUGAGCAUCAACUCCUUCCAAAGCUUCGUCCCCAAUCUCGUUCCUACAGGAGGCAGUCAAACCACCAGCACCCCUCUUUUAGCUCAAGGAGGUCCAGCCAAGUCGGUGGAGGUCCCUCGUGACAGGAAAGCAGUGGCAGCCACUCUGGAUUUAAUCCACUCAAGGUUACAGCAGGAGCCAGUAGAGGAGAGGAGGGAGGGCAGAGCAGAGACUCCCACAGGUGGAUGGAGGAGUGGAGAAAGUCGAGGAGGAGGUGGAGGAGGAGGAGAGGCUGGAGAUCAGAGAGCUGGUACUCCAGUAAGAGUGGAGGGGUUACUGGGAGAAAAGCGGGGUCCAAGUAAAAGUGACACAUCCACCCCUUUGCCUAAUCAAAGCACAGCUGCAGUGACAGGACUGAGUACCCAGACAGACUCAACCAGUAACGGGAGCGAGAACGCAGACCAACAAGAAGAACCUUUACUUCCCAGAGUAGCUGCACAUGCGGCAGCCUCCUGCAGUACCACCGUUUGUCCUGCAGAGAGUGACAGAUCGGGAGACACACACUCAGGCCAGGAGAAGCCAAUAAGAGAGGGAGCACCACCUGACAACAGCACUACUAGUGGCACAAAGAUCCAGCAGCCCCAACAGCACCUGCAGCAACUGAACAACCAGCAGCUCCGGCCGAGUCUGUCCCACCUACAACCACCACCUCACAGCCUGCAGCAGCAGCAGCGGGGCGUCGGCCUCCUGCAUUCCCCACACAUGCCUCGAUUCCCCAGCCAGCCUUUCUCCCGCAGCUCCAUGCUGGCGCCACUGACUACCCUGGGAGGUGGCCUCCUGGGGUCCACACCUGUCUGGCCUGGGGGUCUGGGCCCCGCAGGUGCUGCUGCCCUGGUGUGGGGCUUCCGACAGGCCGGAAGGGAUGUCACUGGUCCUAGCCUGCUGGGGGGGUACCACAACCCCGCGGGUCAAGGCAGCAGCAGGUACAGAGGGGGGCAAAGGUGAGGAGGCUUUAAUGGGAUGUCGAGAGCCGGCUUAACUUCACCAGCUGAUUAAUCCAAGUAACGUUCCUGCUCUUCAUGUAGCAGGUUUUAGGAAACCAAACACUUCCACUCUAUGACCCAGAGAAUGGGAGGCUGAAACACGCACAUCCAUAAUACUAACAGGUGCUAAACUGAUAAAAGAAGGAAACCACACUCUAAUUACUGUCUCCAAGAAUUUUAGCCACUGCUUACAGGAAGAAUGUUGAAAAUACAAACUCAUCUCUCUUUCUGGGGCACUUAAUCAUUUAUUUGAUAGUGACAGUAGAGACGCAGACAGAAAAUGCUGGCAGAGACUUCCUGCAAAAAAAGGUCCCUGACUGGAAACCAAUCAGUGACGCUGCUCUUAAGUGGCAUUCGUCUCAACCACAGAUGCUCCCUUAGCGACAGUGGGUUGGAAAAGAAUUGAUGUCAGGCAGGUGUAACGUUGCAAAAAUCAUGAUUUACUUGGACAGGGAGAGGUUCUUUUAAAGUCAGUAUAAAUCACGUGAAAUCAAAGAUCUGUCUUUUGCUGCAUUGUGGAAGCUUUAUAAAUACUGGAUAUGGUUAAACCCACCUUCAUAGAUUCUUUUCCACCUUAAAAGUCCUUGUCACUGGUUUGUAUUGAGGCUUUAUUUCAUAAAUUCAAACCACCAGUUCUCCCCUGCAGGGUUGUGGAAGCCAUAAAUUAACCUGUUAUCACGAGAAAAUUAGCAUUGUUAUUUUGAGAUAACAAAAUAAUUCACUUGUGAGCACGGCUGUUCUCGGCUUCUGUAAUUAUGAAAAUAAUUGCCAAUUUAUUUUCUGUUGAUUGACAGAAAUUGAGUAAUCAUUGCAGCUCCAGUGAAAUCAUUUUACAUGCGACACCAUAGAGAGCAAAGACAUCCAGAUUGAAUGGAACAAAACAUCAACCAGGCUACACGAGUUGUGUUUGAAUUAUUUCGAUUGAGAUUCUCUAAAAGGUGAUAGUCCUGGUUUGUAUUGACUUUAGUGGAAGAGACCGUUCUUAGUUCUAGUAUGUCUUUUUGUUACUCAGCAUCCACCUGACAUCACCUUCUCGGCCCUUUAAAGUCACUGAGGGCGGGAUCGGUCACUAAAAAGUCACUAUCUACCAAUCUGUGAAUUUCUAUUUUCUUCCUGAAACAAAUUUUAUGUUCCCUGUCCACAUUAUUCAUCGGAAACCACACGCUGAAACACUCUUAAGAAGCUCUGUAGAUGAUGCCCCCCAAAAAUAUAAGUAUCACUGAUUAAAGCCCAGUGAACUAUAACUCUUGUGUAGUGUGCAGAGUGUGGCCUGCUUACACAGCAGAAAUCCUGCUGUAAAAUAUUAGAGUAGUGGAAACGUUUACUAUCUACUGUAAUCACGACCUGUUAGUACUAAAGAAGUCAGAAAAACACUAAUAAUAAACCACUAAAGGGAAAAAAACACUAAUGUAAAAACCCCUUUGAACAUGUGUACAGCAGAUUUUAAAAAAGGAAAAGUUUCUCUGCCAUGUUUUCAGAAGUUUAAUUUAAUCUCUCUCAGAACAGACCUGUCAUGUACAUAGAUAUAUUUCUGGAGGUGCUUUUCAACUCAGAGAGAUCAUCCUCUAACCUAACGAAUGGUCUCAGGUUUAAACAGCUUUGAGUCAAUAUUCACCUGUUUUGUUCCUGUGCGCAGCUCUGAGUAAGAGCUGGACUAAAAUAUAAAAAGCCUCUGAUUGGAUCCCAGUUCCCGGCUUUCUUGAACGCACCACCAGCUCGACGGUUUUGACAGUUUUCUGUCAACAGUCUAAUACUCCAACAACUCCACACAUUUGUUUCUUAAAAGGAGCCAUUGAGGAUUUUUUCUACAUGAUGUUUUUCUACAGUAGCUGCUUAUUUGUUCUCUUUGCAUCAUGGGAGAAACCAUUGUUGAAGUGGACACUAAGACUUUUAAAGAACUUUAAAAAACCGAGAUGGACAGACUGCCUUACACGUCUUCCAGUGGAUUCUUUGUCUUGUAAAAAAAAAAAAACACCGUUUUUUGUACUGAAUGUUUGGUUUGUUACCCUGAGAGCUGUUUGUGUUUAGUUGCUGUUGUACAGUAGGAAGUGACUCUGUAACAAACUCAUUUUAACUUAAAAGUCAUUUUUUAUGUUUUUUUUUUGUUUUUUUUACAUCAGAAGUUUUUUGUAUUAAAAGUCGCCUGUGUAA